AUGUUGAUAUAUAUUAGUGAGAAUGUGUACGGCGGUGCCAAUAAACUACUGAGGAAGCUGAAAAAUGAAUGGAGCUUUACUAUACUCGAUGAUAUUGGGGAUGGGCUUGGAGAUGUCGAUGCAAUAAUUGCACAUGCAACGGAGAACUUUACCAAGAACCUCGCGAUGCGUGGCUCCUGUACCUUAGAAGAGCUCAAUAAGCUUGAAAAGAGACCUUUUUUCCUUCACAUUACUAUUGAUGCCUCGUUAAGAGCAAGAUACGCAAACUUCUGCGAAGAAAUCGCCAACAAAUCACUGGAAGACUUUCUCGAUUUUGCUGAACUUCAGUUACAACAAUCUCCUCAGUUGCCUCAAGUGCGAGAUAGGGCAAACAUCAAAUUGUAUAUAACAAAAUAUGAGCAUUAUCAAAGCGAGAUAUCGCAAGUUUUGGCAAAGCAGUUGAGAGAAGUAAACCAAGGCAAGGAUAUUCGCGUGCCCUUUCAAAAUACCACCCCGCUACGACCCGAUUGGGACUCUUACUUCAUGAAGCUUGCUACGUUAGCAGCAUCUCGGUCGAACUGUAUGAAAAGGAGAGUUGGUUGCGUAAUUGUUAGAGAUCGGAGAGUUAUUGCCACCGGUUAUAAUGGCACCCCGCGUCACCUAGUGAAUUGCCACAGCGGGGGUUGCCCCAGAUGUAAUAAUGGUGGUGCGGAGUUGAACACAUGCCUAUGCCUACAUGCAGAAGAAAACGCACUCUUAGAAGCGGGAAGAGAUCGUGUUGGAUCGAAUGCGAUACUUUAUUGCGACACGUGUCCCUGUUUAACAUGCUCAGUUAAAAUCGUUCAAACAGGAGUCAGAGAAGUUGUUUAUUCUCAAAGUUAUCGAAUGGACGAAGCUAGUUUCAAAGUUUUACAAGAGGGCGGCGUUUUAGUGAGACAGUUUAGUGUUCUAGAGGAGCCAAGAUUUGUGGUAGUGUAA